AUGAAGGAAAGAGGGAGUGAGUGAGUGAGAGGGGAUUGUGGAUAGCUCGACAUCACAUAUCCUCAGACAUGCGCAAAACAUCAACCAGCUAAUUUGCUAUUGCAGUGGAUUUUUUCUGGGGGAGAUCAACUCAAAAAGAAAGAACUACACUUCUUUUGCUGUCCUUCCAUUCCAUCCCGUUGUCGUCUCUAUUUGAACAAUGGCACAGAGACUGCUUCUUGAAAACAUCUUGAAACCACUUCUCCAAAGCAUGACUCACAAAGAGUGGAUAUCCGUGGAGAAGAGAAGCAUUGCUCUUUCUGAGACAUCUGACAUUUAAGUCCAUGUGAAAGGACUUCUCCUUCGACAGGCAGACGUGUGUGCUCUGUGAACCACUGUCUCAUCCUGGGCAGCUACCAACAGCCAACAGACCUCUUGCAGGCAGAUAUUGCCUGUCAUUCUCUCCUCUCGACUUUGGUUUGACGGGUGUCGUGGAUGCUGCUGCUGUUGUGUUGUGAACCAUGGAAGUGAAGGGGGAUUGUCUUGUCUCCUCUGCCCAAACACGUGCGUUCGGGUGCAGAAUGCACAGAUGCCUCCUCUCCCGACUGUGACCCGAGUUGACUCGCUGUAGAUAGUUCUCGCCUUGGACACUGUAAGUGAGGACUUAGAUAUGGCAGAAUGAUAAACAAAAACAAAGUCAGUGAAAGACUAUGAUGAUUUUCCACAUCCGCAUUUACUAAUUUGCAUGAUUUUUGUUCUUGAAAGGGGGGUUGUUGCCUCUGUAAAUAGUGAUCAUCUUUUUUUUAGUGGGAAUUCCUAGUAAGUCUCCUGUAACACAGAAGAACACAAGAAAGCAAAACAGCAAGAGGAAGACACAGGAAGAGAAAGACACAAGAGAGAAAAAGAAAGAGAUAAGACUUCCUGUUUCUCAUCCUCCCCCAGCACUCUCUCUCUCCCCCCCACUAAGAGAGCGUGUGUGGGGGGGGAGAGCACCUUUAAACUCCGGAGAGACAGCACUGUUUUUUAUAUCCAUUGUGUCUUUGAGGUGAAUUACCCCCACCACCAGGAUCAGGGUUGUCCUUCCUUAACCUCACCCCCCCUCCAGCCCCAGCCAUGGACGCCGGAGGACAGGGCAGCCCUGAGAGCCCGAACCGGGCCGUGGAGUACCUCCUGGAGCUCAACAACAUCAUUGAGAGCCAGCAGAAGCUGUUGGAGACCCAACGGCGGCGUAUUGAAGAGCUGGAGGUCCAACUGGACCGGCUCAGCCAGGAGAACAAGGACCUGAAGCUGGACCGGCAGCCCAGCAGCGCCGCCGACAGCAUCACCAUGGGCAUGGCCAACAUGGCCGUGGGAAUCAGCACUGGGGCUGUGGUCAGCCAUGUCUCCAGCCACUCCCAGACGCAGCCCCAGAUCCAAGCCCAGAUCCAGCAUCAUCAGCAGCAGCAUCAUCAGCAGCACCAGCCCCAGCCGCCGCCUCCUCCCAUCCCUAUCCCCAUCCACCCCAUCCAGGCCCACAACAACAGCGUGCCCAUCCCGGCGCCGCCACCGCCUCCGCCCGUGCCGCCGCGAGACCGCCGAACCCACAUCACCUCCACCCACCACCAUGUCGCCACCAGCACCAACACCCACCACCAUACCGCCACCAGCACCAACACCCACCACCAUACCGUCCUGAACCGGGUGGUGUCAGCCGGGCCGGUGCUCAUGGAGAAGGAGAGACUGGAGCGCUUGGCCAACGACACCUCGUCCAGUGCCAGCUCGGUCGCCACUCUCCACAGACAGCCAGACGGAGACUCCAGCAAGGGCAGGUCUGUACCUUUCUUCUUCUCUCUCCCGCUCUAUCCCAACUCCUCUGUAUCCCACCGUCAGACUACUCGGGGAAGCAUUGCCCUGGCCGGCCCGGCUCCAGCCGCGGCCGCCACAGCCACCUCAGCCACAGCCAUGGCCACUGCGGCGGCUCAGAGGGAGGGCUUUCUCAAUCUGGACGACGUCUGGAAUCAGCCGUCCUCAGAGUCCGAGUUGAGUUAUGAUGUCCCGGGGAAAUCGGGUGUGGGUGUGGGGUGGGUGAAACUCAUACCUCCUGUACCGUAG